UUGAGUUGAUUGUUUGGUGGGCUGGGCGCGUUCGUAACCUAAGAAAUCCGCCAGCGACCAAAACAAACACGACAGAAGUGCCGUUUUCUUUGCAGUAUUAAGCGAAAUGUUCAGGUGAUAGUCGGUAGUGGUGUUUGAGACUCAAAAAUGUGGCGGUUUUACGUAGUUUCGGUCUGUUUGGCCGCGGUGGGUGUGAACGGCCAGUACGAAUGGCAGCAAAGGGACCCCUUCGACGAAGUCAGCAGGGCCAUGAAGAAAAUAAAUAAGGACAACUGCGAAAUUCAACAUCUCGAAGAGCUUUAUUUGCCCGAAAAUUCCGUUUCGCACUUGCCCGACAUCAAAGACAUCAACGUGAAUCCAGUGUUCCCCAAUAGGACGCAGCUAUUGCACCUGCACAACAUGGCCCUUAACAGGGCCUUCUUCUGGAGCUACAUCCUCCAGAGUAGAUUCAUCAGGCCCGCAAUCAACGACACGUACGAUCCGGGAAUGAUGUACUACUUGCUUUCAACAGUUGCUGAUGUAUCAACAAACAUGCACGUGAACGCUAGUGCGGUUUACUUCUCCCCUAACAUGUCUUAUUCAUCAUCAUACAGAGGAUUCUUCAACAAAACAUUCCCCAGAUUUGCUCCCAGGACAUUCAGAGCUGAUGACUUCAAUGACCCCAUACAUCUCGAAAGAAUAUCCACCCUCAACACUUUCACUGUUCACGAUUUGGGGGCCAUAAAACCAGACACAAGCAAUGACUAUACCUCAGACUAUUACAGGAUAAAUGAGUGGUACAAAAAGUGGCUGCCAGACAAUGUCAUAGGCCGGCAUGACACCAAAACCACCUAUCAAGUAGAAAUUCGAUAUGCCAAUAAUACAAAUGAAACUUAUACGUUCCACGGGCCACCCGGUGCCGACGAAAACCCAGGCCCAGUCAAAUGGACCAGGCCUUAUUUUGAUUGUGGCAGAUCCAAUCGGUGGUUGGUAGCUGCUGUUGUUCCCAUUGCUGAUAUCUAUCCUAGGCAUACUGGUUUCAGACAUAUAGAAUACCCCACAUACACUGCUGUAUCUGUCGUUGAAAUGGACUUUGAAAGGAUAGACAUAAACCAGUGUCCUCGAGGAAUGGGUAACAUAGGACCUAACAUGUUUGCUAACACGGCCCGAUGUAAAGAGGAAACAACCGAGUGUGAACCUUUACAUGGCUGGGGAUUCCGGAGAGGGGCCUAUCAGUGUCGAUGUAGACCGGGCUAUCGACUGCCACUGCAAGUUAGAAGGCCGUAUCUUGGUGAAAUUGUCGAGAGGGCGACAGCAGAACAGUACUACAACGGUUUUGACUGCAAGAAAAUAGGCUGGAUCCAAAAAAUGCCGGUACAAUGGGAGAAAUCCCAACCCUACCUGCGAAACCUGGUAUUGGACAGGCACAGGGAAUAUCUGAACGCCCCCUACGGUCCCCAAUCGAUGCGUCAGCCCAAAAUUAACAUACACCGCGUCCUCGACUUCAUCCUGAACAUGAACAAAGACAAGUGCAAGGAGUACAAACCGGAGGAACUACGUCUGGACGGUGGCGUCAUGUUCGGAGCCGAAGAGUUCUUCCAAAACGAAGCCAAAAUGGCCCUGCGUCUGGCCAAUUUCAUCAGUGCCUUCUUGCAAGUCUCCGACCCCAAGGAGGUGUACUCGGGUAAAAGGGUGGCCGAUAAACCACUCACGGAGGACCAAAUGAUCGGUGAGACGUUGGCUAUCGUUCUGGGCAACAGCAGAGUCUGGUCGGCUGGUACCUACUGGGACAGAAACAAGUUCACCAAUCGCACCCUUUUCGCACCCUACGCCUACAAAAAGAUACUCAGUCCUCGAAAGCUGAACGUGGAAGACCUCGCCCGGCUGAACAAAUCCGAGGAAGUCUACCUGAACAAGGAGUGGUUUAGGUUUUUGAAACAAAGGUGGGCGUCCAACUUUGACAACUUGGAGAAGUUCUACAUGAAGAUCAGGCUGCGUUUCAACGAGACCGGCGAAAAUACGAUGAAAUUCGAGCACUUCCCCAAUUAUUACCGGGGGGCGAAGCUGGAGCACGGACAUUGGACGGCCCCGUACUACGACUGCCACGGAAAAGUGCCCAUGUGGAAGAUCAAAUACGUCGCACCGUUCUUUGGAUGGGACAGUCUUAAGGUCAAGUUAGAAUUCAAGGGUGUAGUGGCUGUCACAAUGGACAUGUUAAAAUUAGAUAUAAACCAGUGCCCAGACAAGUACUACGUUCCUAAUAUGUUUAAGGAUACGAAUAAAUGCGACGCCAAAACCUCAUACUGUGUACCAAUUUUGGGCAGAGGUUUUGAAUCAGGUGGGUACAAGUGCGAAUGCAAACAAGGCUUUGAGUAUCCUUUCGAAGAUCAAAUUACGUACUACGACGGUCAGUUGGUGGAGGCAGAGUUCAGCAACUUGGUAGACAACAACGAGACUCGUUUUAACAUGUUCAAAUGCCGCCUGGCUGGUGCCUGCGGAAUUCAAGCCAGCAUUUUUACAAUUCUUCUGAUGUUGUUUGUUAGUUUUGGCUUUUACGGUAGGUAAAUCGAUAUUGUACAUUUUUUUUUCCGAAUAUAUCGAAUCUCGAAUUGUUUUACAAGGAGUGCCUUGUAUAAAAUUAUACUCCAUUAAAACUACUUUUUUACCAAAUUAUCUUAAAGAUAAUGUUUAAAGAAAGUAUUAGCAAAAUUAGAUAUGCACUUAAAAUUGCCUGUGAAGUUGAAUUUGCCGUCCAAAUUUUUAUACAAAUAUUUUUUUAAUUAUAUAGGUGAUAUAUAUAACUACUGACAGUAUCAGUAUCAGUACCAGACUAUCUGGACUUUUUUUGCCAAUCAUUUAGUUGUAAAAUAUGUUGUAUCGUACUGUAGGCCGAGAUGCAAUUUUAUUUUAAAAGGAAAUUAUGUAUAUAAAUUGUUGUGUUCAUCUAAUAUUUACAAAUAAGAGUUUAUAGAAAAAUUGUACUAUAUAACUGGAUAUAUUUCUGGUGCAGAGUACAAAGUAGUCUUAGUCAAGGAUAUUAUAUUAUUGGUAGUCUACUUUUUUACAUCAUUUGAAACUGAUUACAAAUUGACAACAAGAGAAUAUGGAACAUAUUAUUUUAUAAAUAUUUACUCGACCAUUUGACAAAUUGACAACACAAUAGCAUAAACCAAUGAUUUUAUUAAUAUUAUAUUGGUCUCUUAUUUGUCACAGUUUGAUAUUUCGUGACUUUUAAUGAUAUUCUUCCGUCCAUUUUUAUAUGUUUUAUAUUUUUUUAUACGCAUUAUGUAAUUACAUUAUACUAUUUUUACAUUGUAUAAAUAUUAUUGUUUUUACUCUGUUUAGAAACUUAUGUUAGAUAUAUGUGAAUAUGUUUUUAAUAAAGUCAUAAUUAAAGUUA